AGCCCUGUGUGUCCUACCCCUACGAGACAUUUCCUUCCCAUUUUGGAUUGCAAAACCUAUCACCCUGGUGGUUUCACGGUUCAUAUUCACAGACCUGUCACUCAAAGCAAAGCUGACCAGCGGGUCACAGUCGUGCGGGGAGGGACACUGCUGACAGUUUAAAACACGGGCUGGAGGAUUGGGAUUGGUGCCAGAACUCUGUCACGGGGAUUCGGAUUGAGAAGGAGGAGUUCCAGAUUUUGUGAAGCCGCCUAUCUCCGGCAGGCGCCAGCAACAAGGAGGAGGCAAGAGGCCAGCCUAUUAAAGUGCCACUCCACGGUAAAGCUGGCUAGCUGGAGUUAACUGCGUUUGAAUGAGGGCGGUCCGUGUACAAGUAAAUUGGUCUUCAACAAAAAGACAACUCUAUUUAGCCUAGUUGAACUCAAGCUUGUUUCUAAGUGUUGUAUAAACGCAAGUUGUUCCGAGUUUACUUGAUUUUGCUGUGAAAAGUAAUUGAUAUUCAUCUUUUGAAGAACCCCAACGUGCACGAUUCCUAUCUGAUUUAGUAUUGGAAUCGCAAUGGAAAAAGUAGGCAUCUUGAUCCUCCUGUGUGUGUUUAUGAAAUCUAUUGAUUGUCAGUGGAAGAACACUCGAGUAUCAGAACUUGGGUCAGACCUGGGGAUGAAGAUUUUCAAUCACGUUGCUAAUUCUAAACCAACAGAAAACAUUAUCAUGUCUCCACAUGGAAUUGCAUCUGUACUUGGAAUGCUGCAGCUAGGCGCAGGUGCAAGAACAAGACAGCAAUUGAGCUCUGCUCUGAAAUACAACUCGUAUGGUAUUUACAGAAAGCUCAAAAGGAUACACAAGUCUUUAACUGAGAGCAGAAAUCAGGAUAUAGUAACUAUUGCCAAUGGAUUAUUUGCACCUAAUAAUUUUGCAAUGGAGGAACCUUUUAUUAGAAAGACUAAAGACGUGUAUCAAGCUGCAUUGAGAAGUUUGAGUUAUGAAAAUCCUGUGGAAGCUGCAGCUGCAAUCAACCAGUGGACUAACAAUCAAACCAGAGGUAUGAUUACAAAUCUAAUUUCUCCGGCAAUUCUCAGUGAAGCUACGAGGCUAGUGGUGGUCAAUGCUAUUUUUUUCAAGGGUUUGUGGAAGUCUCGGUUUCUACCAAAAAAUACUCGCAACAGGGAUUUCUAUGCAGCUGAUGGAAAUGUGUAUCAAGUUCCUAUGAUGUCCCAAAAAUCAACCUUCAAUUUUGGUAUGGCCAUCACACCUACUAAUGUGAACUAUUAUAUCCUUGAGCUGCCAUACCAUGGAGGCACUAUCAGUAUGUUUGUUGUUGUUCCAGUGGAUAUUACUAUCCAACUCUCUGAAAUAAUUCCUCACAUGAAUGUACAAUCUAUAAACAGCUGGAAGGCAAUCAUGAGAGAAAAGGAACUUGAUAUUGCCUUACCUAGAUUCACUGCUGAGGCAGAAACCAACCUGGAGAAACCGCUUUCAGCUCUUGGAAUCACUGAUAUGUUCGAUCAAACUAAGGCAAAUUUUGUAAAAAUUAGCAGAUCUGGUGAACUGUAUGUUUCACAGGUACUACAAAGGGCUAAAAUUGAAGUGAAUGAAGAUGGAACUAAAGCUUCUGCAGCAACAGCUGCUGUAUUUAUGCUAAAAUCAUUAAGGAUUACUCCUCCAUUUGUGGUGAACAGACCAUUCCUCUAUAUCUUAUGCCACAAUCCUACAGGGACCGUCCUUUUUAUUGGGCAAGUUUCAAAACCAUAAGAAGCCAAUUUCAAUUGGAUAAGGUUCAAAAUGGUUUUUCAGUAUCAAUGGAGGAAAAGUCAUUGCUGCCUUCAAGUGUCUUGGUGAUGAAAAGCAGUGCUAUUAUGUACAAACACUGACUUUAAGAAUGGAAACAGAUAUAGCCUUACAAUAACACAUGCAUAUAUUUUUGCCUUACAUAGAAUGUUUAAUUGUAAUUCAAGUAUUUUUUAACAGUAUGAAAUCAUCAUGUCUUUUUUGUAUCUAAGUUUAAUAUUGCACCUGAGGGAAACAAUAAACAUUCAGUGUCAUUUGGCUGAGUAUUGCUAUUGGAAUUGAAAUCAAAUUCAGAAAUUUUACAUGAAAGUGCUCAAAGCUGUUUAUUUGGAAAAUGACUAAAUUGGGGUUCUUGAAGAUAACAGUUCUAAAUGUUCAACGCCCUUUUAUGAUUUCAGGUAAUUACCCUCUUGUUUGAUUUCUUGGAAUAUUACCAACCGUCUCCAUUCAUGUCAAUGAGGGGGGGCUUCUACGUAAUUACUGUCAACCAUUUCAAAGGCAUGUAACUGGGGCGGGGUGGGGAGCAGUGUUGAAAAAAAAUCUGCAAACCCCUACUUGCAGUUAUACAAGAAUUCAGACUACCCUUCAGGCCAAAUUUUUAUCAGUUUGGAGUUAAAUGUUUUGGGAUGUAAAUUCUUGAAUUUGAUAAUUACCUUGCUGUGCAAGUUGCUGCUCAAAGGUCUUUUCAAUACUGAGCAGCUCUAUAACUUUUGAGAAAAGUCAUUCAAAGUCCUUGAUUUAAAUGCUGAAGUAAUCAUGCAUUAGUAUUUAUUGCAACAAGGAAUUGAAUAGAGUUCGCUGAAUGAUUGUAGCAAAGACCUUUUGCUUUUUCAAUUUCAAGAUCGUUGUGCAAUUUGAUUUUGAAAGAAUGCUUUGUACUAAAUCAAUAUUUUUCAUUAGCAAUAACCUUUCCUUAAAUGUUAGCAGAACCUGGUGCUCUACCUGAAUGUUACCGUCUCAUUGCUCACUUGUGAAAGCAUGUAAUGUAGGACAAUAUAAAUGUAGUGUGGAGACUUUUUUAAAUGCUCUUCGAGAUAAUUUGUUUAAUUCCAAACCUGGGUUCAAGAUGUAGGUUAUUUUUGUGUGACCUAUAAUUUUGGAGGCUAAGUGUAAAACAUUUGUCAUAAACAGUGGAAAUUUAAGUGUUUUAAUAAAAUGUGAAUUUGGUCUACCAUA